AUGGUCUGUGGUCUGUUUAAUAUUCUCUUUAGUCUGUUUCCCCACACCCACCCGGCCGAUUGUGGGGGGGGGCUGUCAUCGCUUAUGUAAAUCCUAAUCAUGAGGUCUGCUCAUGAUCGUAAUUCUGGAUUUGAGUGUAGGUAAGGCUGUUCGAUACUGUUCGAUAUUCAGUCGGCUUAUGUGAGCCACUCGAACAUGUUUCAUAUAAAUUCACUUGGCUUAUUACUGCUCAUCACCAUCUCAUCCUCCCCGCUCUGUCACAGCGCAUCAUCACCAUCAUCCUGACUUCCAACCAACUUCCUCUUCAACAAACACCAGUUCAUCCAUCCUAUCCAUAGCUAGCUGACCCUUGAAGCUCUAUCCCUCUGCGUUUCCUUAUUUCAUCAUGUCCAAAGUUAUCGUCGUAGGAGGGGGCUUGAGUGGUUUAUCUGCUGCCCAUACCCUCUACGAUCGAGGUGCUAACGUAUUGGUACUAGACAAGAAUCCAUUCUUUGGAGGAAAUUCUACUAAAGCCACCUCCGGGAUUAAUGGAGCCGGCACGAACGCACAGGCGGAGCUGGGAAUCCCAGACUCCGCCAAGGUGUUUUUCGAAGAUACUAAAAAAAGUGCCAGAGAUCUUGCAAGAGACGAUCUCAUUAAGGUCUUGACCGGGAAAUCGGCUGAGGCUGUCAACUGGCUUCAAGACAAAUUCUCAUUGGAUCUUUCCAAGGUUUCCAGACUUGGAGGUCAUUCGUUUGAGCGUACUCAUCGUGGUGGUGCCCAGUUUCCUGGGAUGACUAUUACUUACGCCCAAAUGGAGGCAUUGGAAGACCUGGCGGACAGCGACCCCGACCGUGUUCAAAUCAUCAAGAAGGCCAAAGUGACUAAGCUUCUAAAAGAAAACGGGGCGGUCAUUGGCGUGGAAUAUGAGUUCGACGGCAAAACCUACACCGAGAAUGGGCCAGUCAUUCUUGCCACUGGAGGAUACGCUGCCGACUUUUCGCCAGACGGACUGCUCGCAAAGCACCGUCCUGAUUUACUCAAACUGCCGACCACCAACGGAGAUCAUUGUACGGGUGACGGCCAAAAGAUGGCCCUUGCCAUCGGCAGUGCGGGGAUUGACUGGGAAAAAGUUCAAGUCCAUCCGACUGGAUUAGUUGAUCCUAAUGAACCUGACGCUAAAGUCAAGUUCUUGGCCGCCGAGGCUUUGCGUGGUGUGGGUGGAAUCCUUUUGGACCGAGAAGGUAACCGGUUCGUCGAUGAGCUGGGUCACCGUGAUUAUGUUACUGGUAAGAUGUGGGAGAAUAACAAGUUUCCUAUCCGACUCGUACUCAACAAGGAAUCAUCGGACGAAAUCUUAUGGCAUUGCAAACACUACGUCGGAAGAGGACUCAUGAAGCGCUUCGAAUCAGGCAGUGAGCUCGCUAAAGAGAUGGGACUUCCCGAGUCAAAGCUCAGCAGUACCUUUGAUGAAUAUGUCCAAAUUGGGCAAGGAAAAAAGGCCGACCCACAUAAGAAGAAAUUCUUUCACAAUUACAAUUUUAGCAUGCAGCAGGGUCCUUUCUUCGUAGCCUCAAUGACCCCAGUCUUACAUUACAGUAUGGGAGGUGUGGAAAUCAACGAGAAGUCACAGGUUCUCGACACGAACAAGAAACCUAUUCCAGGACUCUAUGCAUCAGGGGAAAUUGCCGGUGGAGUCCAUGGAGCCAACCGAUUGGGAGGAUCAUCUCUCUUAGGAUGUGUAGUUUUUGGACGAGUCGCAGCGGACUCGGCAUCGUCUUACUUAUUGCAUUCAUUGGCCACCGGCUCUGGGCCCGCUGCCCGUUUGGGUCAAAUCCAAAACCACUUGAAAACCACGAUCGAAAUCAACCCCCAAAACAAGAACGUUCAGCUCACCUUUGCCUGGGAUGACACGAAUGCAAAGUCCACCCAGGCCAGCAGCGGGGGCUCAAAUGUCUCUGGAUCCUCUGCCGCACAAAGUGCACCCCCACAGCAAACACCGAACCAGGCAGGGCCCAACGGUCCUGGUGCAGGCAAAGCCCCCGAGGAAAAGGGACCAUUGAAAGAAUAUACGUUGGACGACGUCGCCAAACACAAAACCAAGGAUGAUGUGUGGGUAGUCGUUAAUGGGGAGGUUUUAGAUGUCACCAAAUUUAAAGCUGAUCAUCCCGGUGGAGAGAAGGCCAUCAUGCUGUAUGCUGGUCGCGAUGCCACAGAGGAGUUCAACAUGUUGCAUGACCCCAAAGUAGUCAAGAAAUACGCACCUGACUCGAUCAUCGGAACACUCAAAGAGUAGAAUCAGACACCCAAGCACCCACAUCAGCUUGUCUUGUUUAUGAUCUACGGUAGAAGAAUGUAUGUACCUGUGUAUAUAAGUAGUCGUUCGAGGGGUUUUUCUCUUCAGAAUAUUAUCAAGCAAACGUGUUGUAUGUAAUAGUCAUAAAUGCAUAUGUGCCCUAUCCCAGUUUUCCUUUUUUCAUUUCUUUUUUCUCUUUCUUAUUAUAUAUAACUGCUUGUCAUUAAAGUUGUUCUUCAUCCAAUUCUAAAUGACAGUUGUAUUUAAAGUUGGUUUUUUUCAGUCCAGUGGACCUGUAGUGGUUUACAUAUCUGCUGUGAAAAUAAAAACACAGCAAGGUCUGACUGAAAACA